AUGGGGACAGAGUAUACUGUGGACCUCUUGAUCAAACUUGGAGCAGACCACAAUUCAGCGAGACCUAUGACAGGCAGAUUCGUCGGUCCUUGGAAGUCAGUCGUCCAAGAAGGACGUCUCUAUAUUUCAGGGAAGCUGGUGCAAAACUUUGAUGCCAAUUCCCACGAAAUGAGUGUACUUCUUGUCGAUUUAUAUCAUCCGGCGUUACAACGAGAAUUUAAGGUUGUCGUAAAGCAUUUGCUAGACAUUGGAGGGCAGCUCACGGCAAUGCAGCCUUCUGUGGAUGGCUGCCAUCUUGAAAUAGCCCGGUUCCUUCUUUCUGCCGGGGCAGACUUCAAUACUGCACUGCGAUCAGUUGACCCAUAUCUACAUCUAGCAGUAAGGAACCAAUCAGCGGAAAUGGUGCAGAUGCUCUUGGAUGCGGGUGCCGAUACUCACACCAUCUCCUGGGAGGGAAAGACGGCGCAUCAAGUUGCCAGUAAAUCUGGCAUUCUUCGUCUUUUGAACGCGAAGGAUCGACAGUUCUCUCAGGCCCGAGAAUAUAAUCCAUCACUUGAUAUAUCUACAGUCUCCCGACAAGACCUUUGCACCGAGUGUGCGAAGUUGCCGCUGGAGGCAUUUUACCCACCGAUUGAGGCUGAGGACAAAAGAUGGGGUCCCUAUAUCGUGCCUCGCGGCCAAAAUAAAUGGUCUAUUUGGCGUCCCUCUUUCGCUUAUCUGGUAAAUACUGCCUACAAUGGAUGCCCAUUCUGUAUGUUCUUCCGUAAACAACUGGAAACCAGCAAGAUUGAGAUACAACCUUUUAGUAUACUCGACUUCACAAAUCUAUUUAUUAUGACCCCAGCAACCAUAUCAUAUUCAAUAAUGGAGAGAUAUCCGGCGAAUACUGAAAGCGGACAGAGCCCAGCUGCUUCAUUCUUUGUUGGUGUAGAACCAUUUGAAGGUACGUGCCACUAAAGUCCCACCUUUUGAGUUACCCUAAUUAUUACAGAGGGACCCAUACCGGUUCCUGGCGAUACUUCCUCUGCCAAUACAGUUGACCAAAUACAAACUUGGCUGCGAGAAUGCCUUGAAACCCACCAUCUUUGCAUGACUCAUUCGGAUCCCAAGUUUUUGCCGACGCGGCUUCUUGAUUUAACACUCUGGGUCAAAAGUCGAAGACUUCGGCUGAUUAACAGUAAGGGAAUUGAAAGUAAAGCACGUUACAUCGCUCUAAGUCAUCGAUGAGACACCAUAUCUACUGCUUCUAUGGCAACCACCCCAAGUAAUUUGAAGCUUCGGCUCAACUCCAUCUCGCCGGAUGAUCUCUCUUUGACGUUCCUCCAUACUGCAGACAUGACGACAAAGCUGGGCAUCAAGUACUUGUGGAUCGACUCUCUUUGCAUUGUGCAAGACUCUGUUGAUGACUGGGCCCAUGAAUAA